GGGUAUGGGAGGCGCUAGGCGGGUCUAGGCGGCGCUAGGCGGGUGUGGGUGCCAGGGUGGGUCUGGUUCUUUUCUUUUGUUUUUUAAGCCUACUGCCUAGCGAUUUUUCAAACUUAUGCACUGCAGGGGUGGUCUAGACGGCGCUGGGAGGGUCUGGGCUGCGCUAGGACGGUCUGGGCGGCGCUAGGCGGGUCUAGGCGGCGCUAGGCGGGUCUGGUUCUUUAGGGUUUAGGGUCUGGGUGCCAGGGUGGUUCUGAUUCAUAUGGGAGAUGAUCCUGACCUGGGACUGACAGAACCUCCACCUGAUGUUGGUAAUAUGUUGGUUCUCUCCUAUAGAGCAGCAACAUGUACUAUUUCCAAACCUCGUCGUCUAAAGACAAUUUCUUUGUUCGCUCACUCCAGCCAACCUCGUCGUCCUCGUCUGGUUCUUCUUUGCGCAACAAAUGCAAAUGUCAUUGCUUUGCGUAAAACAACCCGAUGUCAUCACUGCGAAGAUCUUUGAGGGGCAUUCGCACUAUGUGAUGCAAGUGGCAUUUAAUCCGAAAGACACCGAUACUUUUGCUAGUGCAUCACUUGAUGGCACCAUUAAGAUAUGGAACAUUGGUUCUCCUACCGCAGAGUUUUCCUUAGAUGGCCACUCAAAAGGAGUUAAUUGCAUCGAUUACGUCAGUCGCGGGGAUAAACCAUAUCUAUUGAGUGGCUCUGAUGACUUUACUAUUAAGGUAUGGGACAUUGAAACCAAAAGUUGUGUGCAAACUCUAGAAGGUCAUGAGCACAAUGUAACAGCUGUAUGUGUUCAUGGUGAGCUUCCCAUAAUAAUUACAGUUUCUGAGGAUGGGAACGUUCACAUAUGGAAUGCAAUCACUUUUAGGCUAGAGAGCACAUUGAACUAUGCUCUUGAAAGAGUAUGGGCCAUUGGACACUUGAAAGGAUCAGACAAGGUUGCAUUUGGUUUUGACAAAGGAACCAUUGUGGUUAAAAUAAAUGGCUCUCAUACUUGGGAUUCUGUUAACCUCCAAGCAUAGAAGGAAAGGUUGAAGGAAUAAAGACAUCGAAUGCUGAGCGAUUUGUACUGUGUUCUCUUCUGUCAUUGUGUUAAAGCCAGCACAAUUUGUACAGGCUUGUGUUUGAAAGCUUGUAAGAAGACGCUCCCAGACCCUCUCUACUACUGCAAUCUUGGUUGCACAACUUCCAUCUGCACCAACCUCAGCCCUGAAAAGCUAGAAGGUUGUGCGGAUUCAUGCUCAGAAAACUGCAGAGAAGUUUAUGCUGCCAACUAGUAUUUGUAAAAGCAUAAUGAAUAAAAGACUCUCAACUGGUAUUUGUAAUAGCAGACAAUAUAUUGUUGAAUAAGAAAAUAUUGAGAGGUUUCUAAUUUAAA